CCAUCUCUCUAAAGCUUUCCCACUGGAAUCCAUGGCUGCCAUUUCAAUUUUCUUCUGUUUGCUCCUCAUUUCCUUCUCCGAAGCAACCGCUCAUGGCGGCGUUGGCGGCGGCGGCCAUGGCUUCACCACCUCUCUCUUCCACCGCGAUUCUUUUCUCUCCCCUCUCUAUAACCCAUCUCUCUCCCGCUACGACCGACUCACUAACGCCUUCCGCCGCUCCUUCUCCCGCUCCGACACCCUCCUCAACCGCGCUUCCGCCGUCUCCACCACCGGCAUCCACUCCCGGAUCAUCCCCGACGACGGCGAGUUCCUAAUGUCCAUCUCCAUCGGAACCCCGCGGGUCAAAAUCAUGGCCAUCGCUGAUACCGGCAGCGACCUGACGUGGACCCAGUGCAUGCCAUGUCACAAAUGCUUCAAUCAAUCAUUUCCCAUUUUUAAUCCACGUCGAUCCUUCUCCUACCGCCACGUGUCUUGCACUUCCAAUGCUUGCCGCUCUCUCGACGACUAUCGCUGUGGGCCCAACAACCGAACCUGCAGCUACGGUUAUAGCUACGGAGACCAAUCCUUUACGUAUGGUGACCUGGCCUCUGAUAAAAUUACUAUUGGAUCCUUCAAACUCUUCAAGACAGUUAUUGGAUGUGGCCAUGUGAACGGCGGCACUUUCAGCGGAGAUACCUCAGGAAUUAUCGGACUCGGCGGCGGCCCUCUCUCUUUGAUCUCUCAAUUUUACCCCAAAAAAAGCUCCUCCUUCAGUCACGUGCCUUGCACGUCCGAUACGUGUAAGUCAGUCGACGACGCGUUCUGUGGGGAGCAGGGGUCUUGCGAUUACAGUUUCGCGUACGCAGAUCAUACCUACUCGAAGGGAGAGUUUGGAACUGAUACGAUCACCAUCGGGUCAAUGUCUGUCAACAUGUUGAUUGGAUGUGGCCACGAGAGCGGCGGCGGGUUCGGCAAUACCUCCGGUGUCAUCGGACUCGGCGGCAACGACCUGUCUAUAGUUACUCAAAUGAGCAAAAAAAGCGCCGUGAGCUGGAAAUUCUCCUAUUGCUUACCGUCCGUAUCGAGUCAAGGGAGGGGCAAAAUCAACUUCGGUGAAAACGCCGUCGUUUCAGGUCCUGGUGUCGUUUCAACACUACUGGACCCCAGCAUGAUGUAUCAGAUGAGUCUGGAAGCCAUUUCCGUUGGUAACGAACGUCACGCGGCCGACAUUUCUGUCGCAACAGACAACAUGAUCAUUGACUCCGGGACCACAUUGACCUACAUUCCCAAGGUGAUACACGGCGGCGUCGUUUCGUUGAUGGCGAAGAUCAUUGGAUCGAAGCGGGUGAACGAUCCCGGUAACGUUUUUGCUCUGUGCUAUUCUUCAGAUGGCGACGGCGUGAAUAUUCAGACCGUUACCACCCAUUUCGCCGGCGGCGUUAACGUGGAGUUGUCGAAUGAGAAUAUGUUUAUCACGGUGGCGGAUGGUGUGAGUGGCUUGAUGUUCAAGCCAUUGAUGGAGAUCAACUCCGUUGGGAUUUGGGGGAAUAUAGCUCAGGCGAAUUUCUUGAUCGGAUAUGAUUUGGAGAAGAAGAGCUUGUCGUUCAAACUUACCGUGUGUGCUUAGAACCUCAAACUCUCCAACUACGUUGAUUUUUCUUUUUGUGAAUCACAGUUUUCUUU